AUGCGACCGCCACGUCUCCUUGUCGUUCUCUUCGGCCUUAUCUUCUUUCCUAUCUUUGUUACCUUGUUCUCCGCACUCUCUUCGUCCAAUGUCGCGACUCCUACUACACUUACUAGUCGCCAGUCCGGACUGCGCGCCUUGUUUUCAUUUAACAUUCCGACGUCUCUCUUUCCCCCAUCGGCGAUCAUCAGCCUGACAGAUGACAACUCGACCUUCUUCCUAGCCCGCCCGGCGGCGUUUGGCCCGUUACUGCCCGACAAAAGCCUAAGCGGCCAACUGUGGGUGGGAAGUGGCUUUGGUGAAGGAGGACUGGCUGCUGGCGUUGAAGGAGAGUUAGGUUGCUCCGAUAUCCCUGGUUGGGGUGAAGGGAACGGUCACAAGCAGCCAGACACCUCCCCCAGGGGCGCAGAACAGAAAUCCAGCAAGUCCGGAGGUGGUACAGUGAAAGAGGGGACAGUUUCACAAAGCUCGCGGUCACCAUUACAGCCUGAGGUCAGGCAGAACACCAAAGACGAUACCUCGGUUACCCCCUCAUCGAGUGAUGGUACCGACGACCAUCUCCACCACCCUUUGCCCGAAUCCAGCGGGUCGGAAAUUGGGGCAACUCAAAAGUACGGAGACUAUGUCCAAGUCAAAAAGUCCACCCAUGCGGACAUUCAAUCGCUGCAGGAAACCGCCGAAAUCCAGGGCAAGGUUGUGCUGCUAAGCCGCGGUGGUUGUGGGUUCCUCGAGAAGGUCAAGUGGGCCCAACGCCGGGGCGCUAUUGCGUUGAUCGUUGGAGAUGAUACCCGUGGCGGUAGCUUGGUUACCAUGUAUGCGCGAGGUGAUACGUCGAAUGUGACGAUUCCGGCUCUGUUCACUUCUCAUACGACUGCCCACCUUCUUUCAUCAUUGAUUCCGGCCCACGCUGGCGCAAAUGCUGGCCUGGGUGAAGCUUUGAAAUCACUCCAGGCAAAUAUUGCUGGCCAAGUCAAUGCAGAUUCUCAGAAACCUGCGACCACUACAAUUGCGCUGGCAAGCUCCACGCCAACUUCAACGAAGUCCCCAACGAAGGAACGACCGACUUCUGCCACCAAGUCUGGCGGUGGAUUCUUCCGUACCCUCGGCUCCUUCUUCGGACUGUGCAAUAAAUUCGGUGGCUCAAGGGGCGUCGAAGAUAGCCGACGUCCACCGAGCAGUGGUAACAUUGACUGGAUGACUUGGGAUAUAACCGAAGCCCGAGUCGACCGUGCUAAGAGCUCCAUGACAUAUAGUAGUCGCAACCAAGGCAAAGCCGAUGAUACUUUGGAUAGCAACAAGGUUGGGUUGGUCGCUGACAAUUUCGAGGCAGACGAUUUUGUUAUUGGCGUACAAGACUGGAGAGACCCUGAUUUGAUGCCGCCACGAGGCAGCGCCCUCCCAAUUCCCAGUACCGCUGUAACUGGAAAGGAUUCCUCCAAGACAUCCGCUCCAGAGUCAGAAGCAGUUUCCUCCAAUAUUUUGCGUGGUGGUAGCAUCACCCCUGGAAGUGGAGAGUACCAAAGUAUUGACAAAGCCACUGGAAAAUCUCGGGAUGCGGCGACGAAGGACUCCGGGAAAGAUGCCCAUAUGACUAAAGAAGAGCCCAAAGAUUCUGAGAAGGGUUGGUUCUCCAGUCAUUUUGGCUGGGAUGAUCCGAAGCAGGAUGUUCAACCGUCUACCUCGCCCUCUAUCCAGAAUGUUGUUCCUGACCAGAAGACCCAAAAUGCGGCACAUUCCUCGACCACCCCAGUCACGAUUUUCACUGAGCAUGAAGGUCUCUGGGUAACUUUGACACCAACAAGCAUGUCGACAAGCCCAUUUUUCGAUACCCUUCUGGUACUCGUGAUCAGUCCAUUGUUGACGCUCACGGUGGUUUAUGCGCUGCUUCUUCUCCGAUCACGCAUGCGACGGCGCCGCUGGCGUGCACCGAAGUCCGUUGUUGAGCGUCUCCCCGUUCGAACGUAUCAUACCAUCUCUACUCGCUCUUCAUCUUCAAGCUCCCCGCGCCCUUCCAGCCCUGAUGCUGCCUCGCCGACUUCUCCUCUCCUCAGAAAUGAUCUCCAAUCGAGUACAUCCCGGCCAACCCGAUCGCGAUCUCAGACCAUUGCGGGGACAACAUUGGACUCUGGAUCUCAUAAGGAAGAGAAACAAACCAAUUUCCAGUCAGGUUCGGUUCUGUGGCGACGCAAGUAUACUGGAAGACAAGUGGAGUGCGUCGUUUGUCUUGAGGAAUAUAUCGACGGAGAAAGCCGAGUGAUGAGUUUGCCUUGUGGCCACGAAUUUCACGCCGAAUGCAUCACUCCUUGGCUCACUACUCGUCGACGAACUUGCCCUAUAUGUAAGGGUGAUGUUGUUCGUUCGAUGGCCCAUUCGCACGACGACGAUACUCGCUUUGAUAGCGAGCAAUCUGCUGGCUUUGGUGCUACAGAAGUAGACCCAGCCGAUGCAUCAUCUGCGCCUGUUCUCAUCACAGGUAUCAGUGAUGAUGUGUCUGAUGUUGAGGAGAAUCGAGGUCUUCUUGGAGGCCACUCAGCCUCUGCACCCCAAUCAAGCUGGAGAAACCUAGCUUCCCUAAGUCUAUCUGCCCUUAGUGGUGAUACCAUCUGGCACCAGGCUCGUGCCGAUCGAAGUCGCUGA